AUGACAUCCAAUUCUCAAGACGGCAUCAGCAUUCGCGUAAUGACCCCAAAGGAUUAUGAAAGUGUAAAGUCUAUUCUGCAGAAUGAUUUCUUUGGGGCAGAGCCCUUGAGCGAAUUUUGCGGUAAAGACUUUUAUUUCAAAAACAAGGAGGUAAUGGAUGAGUGGAUGCUUUCGAUGAUAGAACAGGACAUGUGUCUGUUGGCUCUGGACGAAAAUGACGGAUGGCGUCCUGUUGGCUGCGUUCUAUCAGGAAUCCAAACGCCCGAAGAUAUUGAGAAACAUAGCAGAACGACGGAAACCUCGGAGGGAAGCGCUCUGAGGAAAAUUAACAUUCUUUUCAACAAGAUUGAAAGCGAGUCAAAUAUUUUUGAGGUCUACGGAAUAUCCAAAGCCCUGAUCUCCCACGUGACGGCUGUUACCGCUUCAAAAAGGGGAAAAGGCCUGGGUGCCCGUCUUGCAGCUGCUCUAAUGGACUUGGGCCGCUCCAAGGUAUUACCGGUUAUGGUGGCCAACUGCACGAGCUACUACUCGGCUCGUCAGAAGAAGGCUCUGGGAAUGAAGUGCAUUUACUCAUUAAACUAUGCAGAUUUCAAGGACGAUCAGGGAACCGUGAUUUUCAAGCCGUCAGCACCGCAUACAACGGCAAGAGUCAUGGCUAUAAAACUGUAA